GGGCAGCGCGACCGGAUUGGAGCUCCCGGGAAUUCUGCUACCAGUGCACCAAACAGACACCAGCCAUUCUUGGGAACAACAAGCACAGAAGGUGACCAACCGUGACGUAAAACAAUUCUGCAACCAUUCUAAAGUGCCGUUAUGACAGGCAAUACUCCCCAAGACAGAUAUAAGGCUGUUUGGCUCAUCUUUUUCAUACUUGGUCUUGGGACACUCUUGCCAUGGAACUUUUUCAUGACCGCUACAGCGUACUUCACCAACCGCCUCAACAUAUCAUCCUUUGAUUCCUAUGCUAAUGACUCUUACAAUCAUACUAAUGUGAAUGUCACGGAGAAGAAGAACGUUUCUCUCUCAAACCUGCCAUCCAUAUUUAAUAAUGUGAUGACAUUAUGUGCCAUGUUGCCUCUACUCAUCUUCACCUGCCUUAACUCUUUUAUCCACCAGAGGAUCCCUCAGCAAAUACGGAUCAUAUCUAGUUUGGCUGCCAUCUUCUUGGUCUUCAUGGUAACAGCAAUCCUAGUCAAGGUCCCAAUGGAGCCUUUGCCUUUUUUCAUCAUUACCAUGGUCAAGAUAGUUCUCAUCAAUUCCUUUGGGGCCAUUCUUCAAGGCAGCAUUUUUGGAUUGGCAGGGCUCCUUCCUGCCAGUUACACGGCACCUAUUAUGAGUGGGCAGGGCCUCGCAGGGACAUUCGCAGCAGUAGCAAUGAUCUGUACUAUUGCCACUGGUUCCAGACUAGAAGAAAAAAGUGCCUUUGGUUACUUCAUUACUGCCUGUGUUGUGAUUCUGAUAGCAAUUGGCUCCUAUAUCAUGUUGCCUCGUCUGGAUUUUUUCUGCUUUUAUUCGAUGAAGAAUAAGAGAGAAUAUGCAACUUCUGUGACUCAGGCUGAGAUGGAAACAAAAGUUGAUCUCAUCAAGAAAGAUGUGGUUAAUGGUGUUGAACGAAAUCACUCUGUGAAUGGAGAUUCCCUUCCCGCCAGACACACAUCUUCAGUCCUUGGCAUCUUUAAAAAGAUAUGGGUUAUGGCUGUUUCUGUCUGCUUAGUUUUCACUGUUACAAUUGGAGUCUUCCCAACUAUCACUGUUGCAGUAAGGCCAACUAUUGGACAAAAUACACUUUGGGUUGACUAUUUCAGCCCAGUUGCUUGUUUCCUGAUGUUUAACAUCUUUGAUUGGGCAGGAAGGAGCCUCACAGCUGUCUGUGUUUGGCCUGGAAAGGAGAGCCGCCUGUUACCCUUCCUGGUGAUUAUCCGUGUGAUUUUCAUUCCCCUCUUCAUGCUGUGUAACGUGCCGGACCGCCGGAACCUGCCUGUCAUCUUUGCUCACGAUGCCUGGUACCUCACCUUCAUGCUGUUAUUCUCCUUCUCCAAUGGUUACUUGGCCAGCCUCUGCAUGUGCUUUGGACCCAAGAAAGUGCUAUCUCAUGAAGCAGAAACUGCUGGAGCCAUCAUGGCCUUCUUCCUCUCCUUGGGUCUGGCUUUAGGAGCCGUCUUAUCCUUUCCACUCAAAUACGCAAUUUAAUGGGGCAUCUCUGGGCAGAGGAAGCAGUAGAGUCACAGUACUAUUGCCUGGUUCCUGGGAACUUGUUGCCUUAAUACCUCUUGGCUUGGAGGAGGGCUUCUCUCUCACUGACAAGAUGGCCUGGCUUCUCCUUGGGUAUAAGACCUCCCCCUUCACAUACACACACACACACACACACACACAUACAUACACACACACGCAUAUAAACUUUACCAGUGCCAGCUAUGAAUGAUUUACAUUGUCUCGAUGUGUUCUGCUUCAUUGUGUGUAGCAAAAGAAUCCUUCCCCAUCCACCUUCCAGCUUUUCAGCUGCUCCUGUGAACUUGUUGAGUGUGCUCACAUUAGUGUCUACUCUACCCUCAAAAGCCAAGUGAUUGAAAAAGCUGCUGCGCCCCCAAAAUGCUCUUCAUUAAAUGACCUGCCCUCCAUGGAGUAGGAUUUCUCCUCUUCAGCUGCAUGUUCAAGCUUCUAAACUCCAUGGUUUGUGGACAUCAGAAUUAGGCAAGAACUUCAACAGCUAUCCCUUCCAGAUGGGGUGAUGGAAAGUGGACCGUGGCUAUUCCCACACCUUAAGUAGUUUGGACAACAACAAGCAGGGCCAUGAAGUACUGGUUACUUUGAAAAUUGAAGUGUAUUGUAUACAGACUGAAUAUGCCCCAUCUUCUGAAGGCUCACCUUGUCUCCUUUCCAAGAUUUUGCAUGAUCUGGCUCUAGGUUGCAGUGGUAGAUGAGCUCAUGAACUCUUCAGCAUAGUACAAAUGAUAAAAUGGAUCGUUCCCGAAUCCAGCUGUUCGGAGCCCCUGCAGUUUUCUGUGCUUCUUCAUGAAUUUAUGAAACUCAGGAUUUGCGUAUUUGAACUCUUGUUUAAAAAUGGCGAAGUUAUUUUUUUUUAAAGAGAAAGGUAACAAAUAAAGAAUGGGGGGGGGUUGUAAAGUUUGAAGCCAUAAUGUUACCUUGUAUUUAAAUUAUUUAGUAUUGUUAAUUAUAAAAGUCCAUUUCAUAUGGGAAUACAGCAAAGACCAAUCACAUUAGAAAAUAGUGAUUCACUCAGAUCAUGUUCAACAUCCUAAAAUCUGUUUGCCUGUCCUUAAAAGGGUACUGACUUUUUUUGUGAACGAAAAAUGAAACUAGAGCGCCAUCUAUUGGUCAUCUUUUAUAUUUUGCCAUCUGGGUGUCAGAACCCUGUCUUUCUAUGGGCAUAGGGCUUUUUGUUCUUUUUCGGGUUCUGCCAUUUCUCUAGGGGGGAGGGGGGAGCUUGGGGUUGAUGCAGUGUAUUUCCUUUGCUUUGUUCCUUGCUCCAUCCUCUUCGAUGUUUCUUUCUCGGGGUGAGAAUGGAAUGUCCCUCCGGCCAUCUGCCUUAUCUCUGGAGGCACAGAGACCUAACAGCCUUGGAAGUGGCACCUUACUGCUCCGUUCCCACAACAUUUUCACACCUGUGGAUUGGCCCAUUUGAACUAUCCAGAUGGACAGUUGGGGUGGGGUUUUCACUGACUCUUUUGACUUAUUGGUUCGCACGGGAAAUCCUCAGAUCCUGCCUUCUGUAACUGCUGUCAACACCUUC